AACAGGAAGUGUGAAAACCAAACAAACGUUGAAGAGGGAAGUGGGAGCUGGUACAUAGUAGCUGUAGUUGUAUAGUUGUAGUAGUUGAGGUCUAAGCCCUAUUAUACACCAGUCUUCAUAUAUCCUAACUCAAUUCACAGUGAUGCUGACAUUACGUCGUAUUUAGCUAUGUAGAGAAAUGGCUAACUAGGAAGCUAGUCAUAAGUAGUUUGCGUCGUGAUAAGCCAGUUAGCGUUUCUUGAUAAACCCUAUUUGGCAAGUUACCCUACCAAACAACAGUCCAUUUCAUUUCAUCUGGCUAGGUGAAAGGGAUGGAGCAAGAGGUCCUGUCAGACAGUCUGGAAGCAAUGAGCUUGGACGGUAGGAGCGACAUGCAUACAUUCAGGUUGCAUAUGGUCACAUGGAAUGUGGCGACAGCAGAACCUCCAGAUGACGUCAGCUCCCUGCUCAAGCUACAUUCCCCAAAGACUCCAGAUCUUUAUGUGAUAGGACUCCAGGAAGUGAGAGCUGCCCCUCUGAAGUUUGUAACCGACUUGGCCUUUGAUGACUCCUGGAGCCAUCUCUUCAUGAACACGCUGGCUCCACGAGGCUACGUAAAGGUGUCCUCCAUUAGAAUGCAAGGGCUCCUCUUGCUCUUCUUCACCCGCCUGGAACACGUCCCUUUCAUCCGAAACAUCCAGGUCUCCUACACCCGCACGGGCAUGUUUGGCUACUGGGGGAACAAGGGAGGUGUCUCCAUGCGUCUGUCGUUCUACGGCCACAUGCUGUGCUUCCUGAACUGCCACUUGGCCGCCCACAUGAACUACGCCUCGCAGCGGGUGGACGAGUUUGAGUACAUCCUGGAUAAUCAGACCUUUAACUCAAAGGACACUCCGAAUAUCCUCGACCACAAAGUGGUCUUUUGGUUCGGGGAUUUGAAUUUCCGAAUCGCCGACCAUGGAAUGCAUUUUCUACGCUCCUGCAUCACCAGCCAGCGCUUCAACCUACUAUGGUCCAAGGACCAGCUUACGAUGAUGAAACAGCAAGCAGCUAGCCUUCAGGAGUUCGAAGAGGGACCACUCGACUUUCAGCCAACUUAUAAAUUUGACCUGCACUCUGAUAACUAUGACUCCAGACUACAGAGAACAUUGUUGGGUUUUAAUGGCAAGAAGAGAAAGCCAGCGUGGACUGACCGGAUCCUGUGGAGGGUGAAGGCCAAGGCUUCGCCCGCCACCGAGGACGAGGGGGAAGAUAGUGAGGCGGGAAGCUCCGAGAAGGCCCAGCAGCAGGCAUCGGUAGCAGGGGAAGAGGACGAGGAGCUUUCCCUGAAGGUGAAACAGGACCUCUACACGUCAAAUAUGGAGUAUGGUGUCAGCGAUCACAAGCCUGUCAUUGGUACCUUCCAUCUAGAGUUGAAGAAGAUGUACAACACCCCACUGGUCCAAGUGAGUGCGGAGGGAGACUGGAGCGCGGAUUUUGAUGCCAUGGUGACCUACACCAUCCUCCAGCCAUUCCCCUCAAGUGCCUGGGACUGGAUUGGACUUUAUAAGGUUGGUUUCAAGAGCACAAUGGACUACAUUACCUACACAUGGGUGAAGGAUGACCAGGUCUCUCUUAAUGAUGAACUUGUACAGGUGUAUGUGAGCAAAGAUGAAAUUCCUGUCCUUGGCGGUGAAUGUAUUCUCUGCUACUUCAGUAGCAACUUGCAGUGCAUUGUGGGGAUCAGCAAACCAUUUAAGGUGCAGGAGUCUAGAGUUGCUAUAGAAGAAGGUUUGGUGCCUGAGAAUGUCAAUGGAUUGGACCAAGCAGUAUUAAGUUGAACAAGACGAACACAGAAUCCACGUCAUCACUGUGGUGUGUCCAUAGGCUGAGCAAAACCAGCACUGGACCUUGGAAACCCAGGAAUUAUUGGACACAAGUGCAUUUUAAAGAAAAUCAGUUUAUUAGCCUUUAAUCAAUCAUGCUAAUGUGAUGCAUUCGGUUACAGUUACAAGAAAUAAUUUGAGACGGCACAUACAGUUUGCCUUAACAUUCUUGGCUCUUAAAAAAGUUUGAUGGAAAAAUAUGCAUAGGGUUCUAUAGUUGCCUGUAGUGACUGUACUCCAGUGAGGAAGUUAAACAGCCAUUUUUGAGAUUGUCAGUUUUUAAUUUAAUAUAAUGAAAGUACUGUAGAACUGAUAUUUUAUAUGCUCAGAUAAUGUAUCUUUCUUAAACUGUUAAGCGCACUUUUGUAGUCCUUUUGUCAUUCAAUUUCAGUGUUUAAUUUGGUCUUGUUUCAGCAGGUCAAUUUUACAGAUGUUAUCAGUUUACCUGUGCUAUAGGAAAGAUAUAUGGAUGUAUAUAUACAGAUAUAUUUUAGUCAUAUUGCUUAUUGCAAAGGAUGGUUGUUUUCGAAAAUAUUUAUGAAUGAUACACAUGUAUAUUUAUUUGCUAACGGUCUGAGUUAACCAAGUGUCUGGAACACAUCAACUGUAAAAUUAAUGAGCUCAAAAGGUGCAGUAAGUAGUGUUGUUGUCAAAAACAGUGCUUUAAUUCUGAAGGCAAGUAUUAUAUAUAUAUAUAUAUAUGGUUUUAAAAAGAACAAAACAUUUUCUGUGCCUCAGCUGUGUCAUUCAGGUCCCAUUCAUGCUGCUGAAAAAUAAAUCUAUUAAAAAUGCAUUUGAUGUACAAUACAACAGACAUCUGAUUGAAACGUAAUGCUUUGGCAAUAAAUCCUACUUAGUACACUUUAAAAAACAAAUUUAUGUGCCUGGUGCUUGUAAAUGAAUCCGGUUUCUCAAAGAUACACAAAUGUGGGACAUGAUGUUAGGGCUCUAUUAUUCAUAUCAUUGCCAUAAUUUCAGUAAUGUUCAAAACAAAAGAUUAAAGCUCUUAUUUCUGUCAUGUAGGCUAAGUUACACAGACCUUAAUAAAAAUGUUACAUGUUUUGCUUUAUUAUCUGCAUAUUCACAGCAACAAUUGUCCUUAAUUCUGUUCAAAAAUAAAUUAUUUAAAAUAA